UGUUGCCACAUGAUUGUCAUUAGGCGGAAUAUGUCUGGUAUAUCGUGAACUGUAAUGUAAGGGUUUGCUUACUUAUCGAUGGGGUCGCCAGCUUGAGGCUGCGAUUUAUAUGGGAUUAUGUCAGAUCUUGCCAUCAUUUAUUCUUGAACACUGGUUUGAGUGGACGAAACUUGGUAAUAUUCGGAGUUCUGGCAUACCGGAGAUGCGGUUGUCCCCGCAGUUUUGAACGCCCCAACUUUCGGCUCAGGAGCAUCGCCAUAACAUCAUAUAAGGUCAUAAGUGCUGCGUGUGUCCAAGAUACUGAUCAGUAAACAAACUUUCUCGAUCGGAAAUUCCGAAAAUGGUAGCUUCGCUUUCAAAUCGAGGGUUUAUAAUAUGCUGUUUCAGAUGCAGUUGCUGUCUAUAACAUGGACAUAUUCAUGGGGUAUAUAUAGUUGCUUGCUGCCAUACUUCGAUUUAACACUACUGUCAAUCCCAGUACUCCCAGCAUCUACGGCAUUUAUAACAUCUUCAGCAUCUACUCGCAAUUUUGAGAUCACAAUGUCUCUCCCAAAUAUCUUCCUCAUCGGUGCCUCUGGCUACAUUGGAGGCACCUUCCUCACUUUCCUGACGAAAGCCCGCCCAAAUUUGCCCAUCCGAGCGCUUGUCCGGAGUGAAGAACACGCAGACAUCCUAAGGAAAUUUUACGGAUCGGCUGUCACGCCCGUCAUUGGAUCGCUCGAGGACUCUGAUUUCCUUCGUGCGGAGGCUUCGAAGGCGAAUAUUAUUGUCCAAGCAGCUCCUGGUAUGGAGACAGCUAUUGCAGCCCUCAUCGAAGGCGCUGCGCUCAACCCCUUGAACAAGUCGCUCAAGGAGUCAGACCGCCCUGCCAUUGUCCACAUUUCGGGCUCCAGUAACAUUUCUCACCCGGUCUUGGGAGAGCUCUUGCCGCGUGUCUUCAGCGAUGUGGAUGACCUGGAUGAUAUCUUGGCGCUGGAUCCUAGCCGCAUCCAAGUCCCAUGUGAGAAUGCGAUCAGGACUCUCAGCAAGGAGAAGAAUGUUCGUUCUGUCAUCAUCUCACCGCCUACCAUCCUUGGCCACGGGAAGGGUGCGAUCAAGACGGAGACGUUCCAGGUCGGCUGGUACAACGCGAUCAUCGAGAACGGCGCCUCGUUCCUGCUGGGCAAGGGAACGAAUGCGUGGAGCACUGUUUCCAUUAGUGAUCUCGGUCGUGCAAUCUUGUUUGUCUUUGACGAGAUAUUGAAAGGCGAGCAAAGUCGAAUCGAAUACGGAGAUUCCGGCUACUACUGGGUUGAGGCAUUCGAGGUGUCGCUGAUGGAUCGCGCCAAGGCGAUUGGCGAAAGGCUGUUCAAGGAGGGAAAGAUCGGGACGCCUGAGGUGGAACUCAAGUCGCUUGAAGAGGUGACCUCAAGAUGGUCAGUGUAUAUGGGAUAUCUUAUCGGAAGCAGCUCUAGGAUCAAGGCGGACAGGCUCAAGGCACUGGGGUGGAAGCCUUUGGAUUUUGACUGGAAGGUGCUGGUCGAAGAAAAGGGCGGUAAGAGAUGUUAGAGGUGCGGGCAGGGAGUAGAUUCUGCCUUUUAAAACGCAUCAUAGAGUCCAUGUUGCAGAUCAAAUGUAGACAGUUAAGUUCG